AUGGAUGUGGCGGCUGAUCAGCCCCGCUGGAUGCACCCUCACGCGGUGCUGAACGGCCAGCACCCGGACUCGCACCAUCCUAGCCUGGGCCACAACUACAUGGAGCCUUCGACUCAACUGCUGCCCCCGGACGAGGUAGAUGUCUUCUUUAACCACCUGGACUCUCAGGGAAACCCGUACUACCACAACCCUGCAAGGACCAGAGUGCCCUACAGCCCGGCGCACGCUCGCUUAACGGGGACACAGGUGUGCCGGCCUCAUCUUCUCCACAGCCCCGGGAUCUCAUGGCUGGACGGUAGCAAAGCGGCUCUUUCGGCCCACCAUCACCACAACCCGUGGGCCGUGAGUCCCUUCAGCAAGCCGAGCCUGCACCACCCGGGUUCGGCAUCCCCCGGAGGCCUGUCGGCGGUCUACCCGUGCAGCAGCACGUCGAACACGGCCUCCGCAACCUCGCUCACGCCGCCGUCCCACUCCAGCCCGCACCUGUACACUUUCCCCCCGACUCCACCGAAGGACGUCUCGCCUGACCCGGGGACAGCCUCGCCGAGAAUGGACGAAAAGGAAUGUAUUAAAUACCACGUUUCCUUCUCGGAGGGGAUGAAGAUGGAGGGUUCGAGCCCGAUGAGAAGCAGCCUGGCCCCCAUGGGUGCUCAGAGCGCCUCUACGCAUCACCCCAUACCGACUUAUCCCACAUAUUCGCUGCCUGCGCACGAGUACGGCGGUAGUCUAUUUCCCCACGGCAGCCUCCUGGGGGCUUCGACCGGCUUCAGUACCAAGAGCAAAGGAAAGACUCGGUCGUGCACCGAGGGCCGAGAAUGUGUUAACUGCGGCGCCACAUCCACACCUCUGUGGAGACGGGACAGUACAGGGCACUACCUGUGCAAUGCCUGCGGGCUGUACCACAAGAUGAACGGCCAGAACCGACCACUCAUCAAGCCCAAACGCAGACUGUCAGCAGCCAGACGAGCUGGCACCUGUUGCGCUAACUGUCAGACGACCACCACAACGCUGUGGCGGCGCAACGCUAAUGGAGAUCCAGUGUGCAACGCCUGCGGCCUCUAUUACAAGCUGCAUAAUGUGAACCGACCCCUGACCAUGAAAAAAGAGGGAAUACAGACACGAAACAGAAAAAUGUCCAGCAAAUCCAAAAAGAUCAAGCGAGGAAGUGAGAGCUAUGAGGAGUUUACCAAAAGUCUUCAUGACAAGAACUCUACCUUCAGCUCCUUGGCAGGUCACAUGUCCAUGGGCCACUUACCACCUUUCAGCCAUGCCGGACACAUGCUGCCCACUCCCACACCGAUACACCCGUCCUUUGGUCACCCGCACCACUCCAAUAUGGUGACGGCCAUGGGCUGA